AUGGACCUUGAGGAAAGCUGUACGAUAUCCAAAAAGACCAUGAUAACCAAAAUUUUCAAAGUUCGUAAAAGGAGAGAGAUGCUGUUUGUGCAAGUGUGUUUCAUCUGUAGUAUCCUGUUCAUGGCAUGGUGUAUGUCAGCGUUUCUCACUAAAACAGGGCAUGGGAUGGUCCUGCGAGAGGGAAUCAUCGCACCCACAGAUCACCUGGGACGGAGGUUAAUGGCGACCGCAGGGGACAAUGAGACGGAGGAGAAAAACUGCACAGACCCGGCUGUCCAUGAGUUCCCUGAGGACUUGUUCACCAACAGAGAACGCACAAGAGGAGCCGUCCUGCUGCAUAUAUUUGCGGCUCUCUACAUGUUCCUGGCUCUGGCCAUUGUCUGUGAUGACUACUUUGUGACAUCGCUGGAGAAAAUCUGUGAGAAACUGCACCUCAGUGAGGAUGUAGCUGGAGCCACCUUCAUGGCAGCUGGAAGUUCUGCUCCAGAGCUGUUUGCCUCUGUCAUAGGUGUGUUCAUCACUCACGGAGAUGUGGGGGUGGGCACCAUAGUGGGCUCAGCUGUCUUUAACAUCCUGUGCAUCAUCGGGGUGUGUGGCAUCUUCGCUGGGCAGGUCGUCUUCCUCACCAAGUUUGCUGUGUUUCGAGACUCCACAUAUUACAUUUUAUCUGUGGUGGCCCUGAUCGCAUUCAUUUACGAUGAGAAGAUUGUGUGGUGGGAAAGUUUGGUGCUGGUAGUAAUGUAUGCUGGCUACAUCAUCAUCAUGAAAUUCAACUCCACCAUGCAGAACUACUUUACUGGGAAGGAUGAUAAGAGUGUUGCUAAUGGUAACGCAGUGACCAGUGAGCUGGAGGAUGGUAAUGCUUGCUUUGUCAAUGUUUGGGAUGAUCCAUCAUGGCCGCUACUCAGUCCAGUGAAACCCAAUAAGAUGUACAGCCGUGGCUCUGUGGUCAUGGUGGAUGAGAUGAUGAAUUCCAGUCCUCCAAACUACCGCUUUCCUGAGGCUGGUCUCCGUGUUAUGAUCACCAACCACUUUGGGCCUAAGACACGGCUGCGCAUGGCAAGCCGCCUCAUCAUCAACGAGCAACAACGUCUGGUGCAGGUGUCUAAUGGGCUGGAUGGCACAGUAGUGGCUGAUGGAAAAGCUGACACUAUGGAGAAUGGCAAUGUGCCAGAGGACAAGCUGGCAGAGGAAGAGGAGACAGAGUUCUCGUCUCCCUUCAGCAUACCUGGGGGCGCCAUGAACAAAGUGAAGUGGAUCAUAUCAUGGCCCAUAUUAGUACUGCUGUUCUUUACUGUGCCGAACUGUGCCAAACCACGCUGGGAAAGGUUCUUUAUGCUGUCCUUCUCUCUGUCAACUCUGUGGAUAGCUGUCUUCUCCUACUUCAUGGUGUGGAUGGUCACCAUUAUUGGAUACACGUUGGGAAUACCAGAUGUUAUUAUGGGAAUUACGUUCUUGGCAGCUGGCACCAGUGUACCCGACUGUAUAGCUAGCCUUAUAGUCGCUCGACAAGGGCUGGGGGACAUGGCAGUCUCUAAUACUAUUGGCAGUAACGUCUUUGAUAUUCUGGUGGGGCUCGGUGUACCCUGGGGUAUUCAGACUAUGGCUGUCAACUAUGGCUCUGUGGUGCAGAUCAACAGUCGGGGAUUGGUGUACUCAGUAGUACUUCUGCUGGGCUCUGUGGCUUUAACUGUUCUGGGGAUCCAUGUGAACAGAUGGAAGUUGGACUUUAAGCUGGGUGUAUAUGUCCUUGUGCUCUAUGCUGUCUUCCUCUGCUUCUCCAUCAUGAUUGAAUACAACAUCUUCACCUUUGUCAACUUGCCCAUGUGUCAGGAGGACCUGUAGCACUGGGUUUAGUCCACA